AUGCAUCGCGCCCUCACCCUCUCCGAGAUCCUGACCUCGAUCGGAUACUUCCUCCCGCCCUCUGCCCUCCUCGCCUGCGCCCAAUGCUGCCACUCCUUCCACGCCGCCUUCAUCCCCCUCCUCUGGCACUCCCCCGCCUUCCACUGCCGCAAGCCCCAGUGCCUUCCCUCAGGCCCCCUCCUCCUCCAGCACCAACAUCGCAUCCACCACCUCUCCCUCAACAUCUGCUCCUCCCUCUCCCCGUCCGCCUUCCAGAGCUGCGUCAACCUCUCCCACCUCUCCCUCAACCUCCCGCACCCCGCCCUCCACGACUCCAACUCCUGGGGACCCUGGAGAUCUCUCAUCUCACACCACUACAAAUCCCUUCGCCAUAUCACCGCCACCAUCCACGCGCUCCAUGAGGAGGCCAUGCCCCCGGAAUUCUGUGCCGCCAUCGCAUCCUGCCUGGACCUCCAGACCCUCACGCUCCAGGGACACUUGAUCCAACCCCAAGACCGUGGGAAAGCACUGAACGAGCUCUGGAGGGCCUUGCUGGACCUCGACACCCUCCGUCUCAAGAACAUCUCCCUCCCCACCCGGCCAACAUCAACGAAGCCGGGCAACGACAUCCGCCUCUCUCGAUUGCGCCACAUCUUUGUCGACGAGCCCAGACAGGGGGCCGCUGGCGAGGACGGAGUCGACCUGCUCAUGCGCUUCCCCGAUCUACGCUCACUCUACUGGCGGAGCUCUCCCGCGGACUACUACAACCAGUCCAACUGCCUGCCCCUCCAACGGCUCGGCCUGGCCUUCCUCGCCGGACACUGGCCCCAGCUUGAAGACCUCGAUUUCAAGGGUGCGGACGUCAAGGAUUAUGAUCUAGCCAUGAUCCUCGAAGGCAUCACUCGCCUCAUGAACCUCCGCGUCGUCAACACUGCCUUCGGACCCUCGGCCAUGGACGCCAUCGCAAAACACUAUCUGUCCAUCAAGAUCCUCGACCUCACUAAAUGUCCCUACGUGAAGAGCUCGAUGGUCCAGACCUUCCUCUCCUCCAUGCCGGGACUCGAAUACCUCUCCGCCUACAAGCUCAACUGCCUCGAUACCGUUAACGGCCCUCCCUGGGUCUCUCUCAACCUCCAGCACCUCAUCAUUUGCAUCGACAUGUCCACCUCCCAGGACAAGGCCACCCCCCCAGGACAAGACCAAACUCUCCAUUCAGGAAAAAGACCUCUUCGAUAUUCAUCAACGGCUCGUCUACCAGCGCCUCCCGACCCUGACGCGACUCCGCGCUCUUACUCUGCAACGGGGCUACCCCAAAAGGCUCAACAAGUGGAGACGAACCCUGGAUCUUACCUUGGCUGCCGGUCUGGGAUCGCUCUCCACCCUGAGAGACCUACAUUCCUUCAUUUUCUCGAGCGACCAUCAAGACAUGGGUCUGGCCGAAAUCCGCUGGAUCAUCGACUCCUGGCCAGGCUUGCGAACCUUGGGCGGCCGACUCACGCGCGAUCCAUCUCGUUACUACGAGCUGAAGCGAAUUCUGAACCAGACCCAUAUCCAUGUCUUUAAUUGAUCCCUUCCUUCUCUCCAACUUCAUUCAUAUACCAUGGAGUCUUUAACAGAUACCUUUAUUUACACUUUAUAGAAG